CACGCGCCGCGUACUCGAGAACAGACAGACAGCUCUCCUGACAGCGUUAAAAUAAACAGGACACCUCCAUUCUGACCCGAUUCACUGGCCGUGAGGAAGAGGAGCGCGGAGCAGGUACUACAGUAUGUGGCCGCGGUGUUGGCGCGCGCGUGCUGCUCUGAGCGCGCGACGGUGUAAAAGGCAGCGCGUGUGCGGAUUCUGCGGCAGCUGCGAUCGGGAAUAACUGGGAUUGGAAAACUCAGCGAGGCAUGCAAAACCGCACUGAUCUCUAAUCAUAUAAUGAACUAGACAGUCAUUCGCAGAUCUGCCAUUCAGUGCGCGCGCCUCCAGGCUCCCCGUUCAUCGAUCGAUCUCCACAGUGGAAGAGACACACUGAGCAUCUGAAUGCGAAUUCACACUCAAGGGGCUCGGCGUGAGAGAGUGAAUCCCUAGUUUCUGCUCUGCUCAUUUUAAAAGCUGCUGGAGAGACCUUAUAGUCAAGUCAUUGGUUCCUGAUCCGGACAUCGAUCCAAGACGAGUGAUUCACAUCUCUCAUCUGAAUGGUUUUCAUUCCACUGAAAUGAAGGAACUGGUCUGUAUGUGGGCUGAAUGAAGUCUGUGUGCUGCUGGUUUCCAGUGUUUUUGGGAUAACAUCAGGCCGUCUGCGGCAGGUGGAGCUCGGGGUCAGUCUGUGAGUGAAGGCUGAGUCAGGCAUGAAUCAGCGCUGCUUUUAAUUGACGGACAGCUUGGUGGGAAACAAGGUCUCGGGAGAGCGGGAGUCCGAUAACAGGAGUGAAAGCAAGAUCAUCUUUCAGUCUUCAGUGCCACUCGCCUUUCACAACAUGGCCUCUCUGGUGGCACCAAUCUCCUCUUUUGGGACGUAGAAAGACACAAGGACACAUAGGACAGAACUUGGUGUCGUCGCCUUAACAAGUCCCAUCUCCUGGAUAGAGGUUUGCUUUAGUGCUACAAACAGACACUAAACAAUGAAAAUUUUUUAGGAAGGUGCUGUCUCUGAUUUUAUAUGUGUCUGUGUAACAUCGAGGGCCAAUGUGUGUGGCUCGAGAGCCCAUCAUGGCCAGAUCUCUGCUGAAGAUCCACCGCUAUUUUCGGCGUAAACCGGUGCGCUUUUUCUCCUUCAUCCUGCUCUACCUCACUGCCGGCAGCCUUGUUUUUCUCCACUCCGGCUUCUCCAGCGAUACUUCCACCGCUGGCGUUGCUGGAAGCGGCCGCGACCCACUUCUGUCUGAGGGUGGAGGAGGCACAGGUGGUGGGAGCGCCACGUCUGAGGGUCUAGGGCUCUUGGGUCGGGUGUUUAAGGAAACGCGGAGAACCCCCCGGAGAUUUGGACCACCGUGGAUGAAGGAAAGCAGGGGGCAGGAUGCACCCGAGUGGGCCAGACGAGGAUUUGAUCACACCAGCAGCUGGAGCCAUGGAGCCAAAGGACGAACUACCAAAGAGAUGGAUGAUGGGAGAGCAAAGUACAUCGGCUGCUAUGUAGACGACACACAGAAGCGAGCCCUCAGAGGGGUAUCCUUCCUGGACUACAAGAAAAUGACUGUCUUCCGCUGCCAGGACAACUGCGCUGAGAGAGGUUAUCUUUAUGCUGGUCUGGAGUUUGGAGCCGAGUGCUACUGUGGCCAUAAGAUCCAGGCCCCCAAUGUCUCAGAGAGUGAAUGCAAUAUGGAGUGUAAAGGGGAAAAGAGUAACCUCUGCGGUGGUCCUAAUCGACUGUCCAUAUAUAGACUGGAACUGAGCCAGGAGUCAGCCCGCCGAUAUGGAAGUGCCAUCUUCAAGGGAUGUUUCAGAAGUCCAGACAAUGUGACCCUGGCUCUACCUGCCAGUGCUGUAAUGCAAAACAUGUCAGUGGACAAGUGUGUUGAUAUGUGCACAGAGAAAGAAUUCUCUCUGGCUGCUUUGGCUGGUGAUAAAUGUCACUGUGGGUUUCCAACUCCACUGUUCAACCUUCACGAGCAUGAAGACGAGGAGCUGUGUCUUCACCGAUGCACAGGAGAAGACUUUGAGAGCUGCGGAAACAGAGACUUCUUUGUAGUUUACCAGACACAAGUGCAAGAUAACCGAUGUAUGGAUCGGCGCUUUUUACCCACUCGUUCCAAGCACCUAAUGGCACUUGCUAGUUUUCCCGGAGCGGGCAACACCUGGGCCCGUCACCUUAUUGAGCUGGCCACGGGUUACUACACCGGCAGUUACUAUUUUGAUGGCUCACUCUACAACAAAGGUUUCAAAGGGGAGAGAGAUCACUGGCGCAGUGGCAGGACUAUAUGCAUCAAGACCCAUGAGAGCGGCAAGAAGGAGAUUGAGACUUUUGAUGCCAGCAUCCUCAUGAUCCGCAACCCUUAUAAAGCCCUCAUGGCGGAAUUUAACAGAAAGUAUGGUGGCCAUAUUGGAUUUGCCUCACAAGCUCACUGGAGGGGAAAAGAGUGGCCAGAGUUUGUGAAGAACUACGCUCCAUGGUGGGCUUCCCACACACUGGACUGGCUCAAAUAUGGGAAGAAAGUUCAAGUGGUGCACUUUGAGGAUUUAAAACGGGACCUUUUCUCUCAGUUAAAAGGUAUGGUCAUCUUUCUGGGCCUGGAAGUGUCAGAGGAUCGCCUUCUGUGUGUGGAAGGACAGAAAGAUGGCAACUUUAAACGCUCUGGGCUGAGAAAGCUGGAGUAUGACCCUUAUACAGUGGAAAUGCGCGCCACCAUUGACAGGCUUAUUAAGACUGUGGAUACUGAACUCAGAAAGAGGAACCUGUCUGGUGUGCCUGAUGAGUACAGGCCCAGAUGAUACUCACCAUUUAGCUUUUUAGCUUUUUUUCCACUACAAACGUUUUUAGAGUUCAAUUUGUCAGCCAUGUAUGCACGCUUCCUUGCCACAGAAAAAAAGUUAAAAGGUAAAUGCGACUUUUUUUUCGCAAUUUUGACUGACUGUCUUGCAAUUGGUAGUUUACAUCUCAAAAUUUUGAAUAAUUCAAAGAAACUGUGAGAAUUUCAUGAUUUAAAUGUAGAAUCUCAAGAUAAAAACAAAUCUGCAAGAUUAGAGAGAUAUUCACACAGAAUUAUGAAGUCAAAAAGUCAUAAUCUCAAGAUAAAACAAGAGGUUUCUUGGAAUUGUGGGUUGGAAUUGUGAGGUUUACAUUUAGAAUAGAAAGAUAGAUACUCAAUUCUGGAAAAAAGUAAGAGCUUCAAGAUUUAAACUCAGAAUUCUGAGGUAAAGUGUCAGAAUUGAACAACAUAGGCUCAUUGUGAAGCCCUAUAUACAUUUCUGGAGAUCACGAAUUAUAUAGUCAGAAGUAUGUAUGGCUGCAUUUAAUCCUUAAAGGAACAAUAUGUGGUGGUAUGAUGCCGUUCUUUUUUGCGCUAGAAUCUGAAGGCUUACCUCCUUUCCCACUGUUACCAGUUUGUCCAAUGGCUCACAACAUACGUCAUUGCCUUUCCUGCUGUUACCAAUUUUUCCAGUGGCUCGCUGCAUAUAUCAGAGGACUUGCGCCACAGAGAAGAGUUGACCGUAACGACAGGGUUAGAGUCCGGCUAAGAACGGUUCCAAAAAAAUGCCAAAAAAUACAGUAAACAAGUAAAUAACAUGGUGGUAAUGUGGUAAAAUCUGAAAAUGUGGUAAAAAUCAGGUGGCUUUUCAUUUUCUGGAUUGCUUUUGAAAACACUGUUGGUUGGGUUUAGGGAAGUGAGUGACGCUGGUCAAUCGGUGCUUUUUAAAACUCUAUUUUUUGGGUUUAGGGAAGGGGGUGAGUGGAGGAAUAACUCGGUCGGUCAGUCAGUCGACAGCAGCCUCUCGUGGAUUUUAGCAAGAAGAGCAGGUGAGAAUGGCACUCGCGAGAGAAAUUUGAGUUCUCAAAGUGUGUACACCGUGGCCUCUGGUGGAUUCGCGGGGAAAAAAACGUACCUCCUGGGAUGUAUUUGGCGCUCUCCAGAAAUGUAGAUAGGGCUAUGUUUUCACAAUGAGCCGGGGUUGGAAUUGUAAGAUAAAACAAGUAUUAUGGAGGAAAAACAUGAGAAUUGUGAGAUUUAAGUUUUGAGUUGUAAGAUGUAAACUCAGAUAUAUGAGGUAAAAAGUCAGAAUUGCAAGAGAAAACAAGAAUUCUGGGAGGGAAAUCGUUGGAAUUGUGAGAUUUAUACUUAGAAUUGCUCAGAAUUCUGAGUGAGAAUUUCAAGAUAAAACUAGUAUUAUAAAAGAAAAAGCAUGAGAAUUGCGAGAUUUAAAUUUAGAAUUACAAGAUAUAAACUCAGAAUUCUGAGGUAAAACAUAAGAAUUACAAGAUAUAAACUCAGAAAUCUGAGGUAAAACAUCAGAAUUACAAGAUAUAAACUUAGAAAUCUGAGGUAAAACAUCAGAAUUACAAGAUAUAAACUUAGAAAUCUGAGGUAAAACAUCAGAAUUACAAGAUAUAAACUCAGAAAUCUGAGGUAAAACAUCAGAAUUGCAAGAUAUAAACUCAGAAAUCUGAGGUAAAACAUCAGCAUUGCAAGAUAUAAACUCAGAAUUUCAAAAUGUAAAUUCUGUUGGAAAAAUGCAGGCAAUUCUUAUUUCUUUUUCAGGAUCUUACAAUUAUGUUUCUAUCUCACAACUGCAACACAAAAGUCAGAAUUGACAUAUUAAAAAUCCCAGUUACCUUUUACAUUUGUUUGUCCUGUUGCAGGCUUUCACAGCGAUACCAUUUUUCCUUAGAAUAUGAAAUUUCUUAUUAUUCUUCUUGUACAGUAUAUUUUUAAGAAUGGGUUGUAUUGCACAAAAAGCAUCAUCAUAAAUAAUACACUAAGAAGUGGGCUUGUGCAAUGGUUUGGCUCCAAUUGUCUGACGUCCAGUUUAUUUUCCGUCAAUCUUCUUUAAGCCAGUAUAAGUCUGUGCAAACCACAUAUUCAGCUUGUUAUCUCGGGCAAUGACUGUUCGUGCUUUAAAUGAGAGUCUUUUGCCAUUUGAGAUGUCAGGAAUAACUGUCUGGAUAGAAACUUCACAUCUGUUUUUCAUUUGCUUUACUUCCUUUCUGGACUAUACUGCGAUGUUGAGAAAUUUAACUCCCAGCCUCGUGUUCCCAAAAAUCAGGACAUUGCCUUCAUGAUGUUAGAUCAGUCAACCAGCGGACUACAAUAAUCAUUACACCAUCUGUAUUCCUUAAAUGCAUGGGCAACAUGUUGUCUUCAGUGAUAUACUGUACAGGUGUGUGUAUAUAGUCCAUUUGGGCUAUUACAUGUGAAAGCAAUCGAGUUCCACUGUUUAUCCAUUGAGGUUUGGUUUUCACUUUGGUUUUUUAAGAUAUAUUUGCAGUGGUCAUUCAAUGAUUAUAAUAUAUUGUGUUUGGAGUGUGUGAAAUGGCGGCAGCUUGGAAUUGACUGAUGCUUUUUUCUGUUUCGUAAUUACAGUGCAUUUAUUAGUGAGGUACUGUAAUGAAAAAAAAUUAAAUAAUGUCAUUUAUUUAUGACACUUGACCACAAACUAGUCUAAUUUUGUUCAAAAAUGUUUUUGCAAUAGCCAAAAAUACAUUGCAUGGGUCAAAAUUUAACCAUUAAACCAAUAACGUAAAUAUCAUGUCCCACAAAUAUAUUUUAUACAUUUCCUACUGUAAAGAAAUGAAACCCUAAUUUUGUGAUUAGUAUUAUGCAUUGCCAAGAAAUUAAUUUGCACAAAACUUAAAACUAAAAACUUUUCUUAGUAUGCCUGUAUAGAUUACAUUUUUUAUCCUUGUAUUCCAGAUUUUCAAAUAGCUGUUUAUUAUUUUAGUAUUGACCCAUCAUAAUAAGCCAUACAUCAGUGCAGAGCUUAUUUAUUUAACUUUCAUAUGAUGUAUUUACAGUGGUGUGAAAAAAAAGUGUUUGCCCCUUACUGAUUUCUUCUUCUUCUUUUUUUGCAUGUUUGUCACACUUUAAUGUUUCAGAUCAUCAAACUGAUUUUAAUAUUAGUCAAAGAUAACACAAGUAAACACAUCAUGCAGUUUUGAAAUGAAGGUUUUAUUAUUAAGGGAACACAAAAUCUAACACUACAUGGCCCUGUGUGAAAAAGUGUUUGACCCCUGUUGAAACAACUCUAUUACACCUGAGUUUAAUUUCUCUAGCCAUACCCAGGUCUGAUUAUGGCCACACCUGUUUAAGAAAUCAAGAAAUCACUUAAAUAGGACCUGUCUGAUUAAGUGAAGUAGACCAAAAGAUCCUCAAAAGCUAGACAUCAUGCAUUGAUCCAAAGAAAUUCAAAAACAGAUGAGAAAUAAAAUAAUUGAGAUCUAUCAGUCUGGAAAACGUUAUAGAGCCAAAAAAGUAACCGCAGGCAACACUUGCCUUAGUUAAGAUAAGUGUUCAUGACUCCACCAAAAGAGAGUGGGCAAAAAUAGUUUUCAUGGCAAAAACCACUGUUGAGCAAAAAGAAGGCAAAUACUCAUCUCAGAUUUGCCUGAAAACAUCUUGAUGAUCCCGGCGACGCAGUGGCGCAGUAGGUAGUGCUGUCGCCUCACAGCAAGAAGGUCGCUGGUUCGGUCAGUUGGUGUCUCUGUGUGGAGUUUGCAUGUUCUCCCUGCGUUCGUGUGGGUUUCCUCCGGGUGCUCCGGUUUCCCCCACAGUCCAAAGACAUGCGGUACUGGUGAAUUGGGUAGGCUAAAUUAUCAGUAGUGUAUGAGUGUGCAUGGAUGUUUCCCAGAGAUGGGUUGCGGCUGGAAGGGCAUCCGCUGCGUAAAACAUGUGCUGGAUAAGUUGGCGGUUCAUUCCGCUGUGGUGACACCGGAUUAAUAAAGGGACUAAGCCAAAAAGAAAAUGAAUGAAUUAAUGAAUCUUGAUGAUCCCAAAGACUUUCGGGAAAAUAUUCUGUGGACUGACAAGAGAAAAACUUUUUGGAAGAUGUGUACAGCAGUUCCUCGCUAUAACGUGGUUCACUUUUCGCGGCCUCGCAGUUUCACAGAUUUUUUUUAGAGCAAUUUGACAUUUCUACAGCACAUUGUGUUCUGUGUCCUGAUUAGCACAUUGUGUUCUGCAUCCUGACUGGCCAUUGUCAGUAAAUCUCCUUCAUGCCGUGUCUCCUGUACUGUACAGAAUGCGUUCAUCUUGCCAAAUAUACAUUAAUCUUCAAUCGCUAGCAGUGUGACUCUAAGUGCUAUACUGUACGUUUGCAAGUGUUCUCCCCACAAUGUCGAGGAAAUGCUCUGCACCCUUAAAGGCACCUGUGGUAGUACCCAAAAGGCAGAGGAAGAUGUUAACCAUGGCACAAAAAUCUUGAAGUUGUGUUACUGUUGGGUGCCAUUACGGAAUAAAUAAAUGAAUAUAAUGCUGGACUUAUUUUUCUACAAAGGCUUGAACUUUUAUAGUGUUUAAACGAGAGAGAAAAGUGUGAAAAUGUUAAUGCCUCUCUAAGAAAAGAGUAUAAAGUGUAUAGUGAGGGGGUUUACAACCUUAAAAUAUCUAUAAUAAUUGUAAAAAAUAAAGCGAACCACUUUGUAGAUUUUGCCUAUCGUGGGUUACUUUAAGAAUGUAUCUCCCGUGGAUAACGAUGGACCAUUGUGUGGCUUAAAAGUAACACUGCAUUUCAGAAAAAGAACAUCAGACCAAUGGUAAAAUGUCCAUGAAGUCCAACAAAAUAUGUUGGAGAAUGCCUGGCCAUCUGUUAGUGACCAAAGCAAAGCAGCAAGUUCACAUCUGAAUGUCUGAUGGCUAAAGAAAAACAAAAUGAAGACUUUAGAGUGGCCUAGUUAAAGUCCUGAGCUGAAUCCAAUUGAGAUGCUGUGGCAUGACUUUAAAAAGGCUGUUCAUGCUUAAAAACUCUCUAAUGGGGCUGAAUUACAAUAAUUCCGCAAAGAUAAGCAGGAUCAAAACAUUGCUGUAACAUUCAUUGCAAGUUAUUGACAAUGCUUUUGUUUGCAGUUGUUGCAGUUAUUAGGUUUAGGGGGCAAACACUUCACAGAGGGCUAUGUAGUUUUGGAUUUUGAUUACCCCUAAUAAUAAAAAUCUUCAUUAAAAAAAAUUAAUGAUGUGUUUACUUGUGUUAUCUUUGAUUAAUAUUUACAUUUGAUGAUCUGAAACAAGUGACAGAUGUGCAAAAAAAACAAAAAACUUUUUUUUUUUUACCCUUUUCAAACAUUUUAACACCACUGCAUCUCAAAUUAUAAGAAAUUGACACUUAUAUCUGGUUUUGUGGUCCAAGUCUCAAUUAUGUUCGUGACUAACAUAGCAUUUAUAUGAGAAAGAUUAAAUACGCAGCACACAAGUCCCUUUAGACAAAAACCUUAUCACAUUUCCAAAGAUUUUUACCCAUUUGUGUCUUGUUUUAGACUAUAAAAGUAGUUGGAAUUUGUGAUAUGUAAGGUGCACUGAGACAUUUUCAAUUUUCUUUGACACAUCUGAAAAGACUAAAUCAACAAUUCUUCCUAAAUUAUCGCCAUAGAAACAUUCCUAGUAGAAAUGUGCAGAAUUUUUCUUUUUGUUAUCACAGAAGUUCUUUUUAAUUCAGAGCAUCAAACUAUAAUUUAUAAAAAUAUAAUCUAGAAAUUAGGGGUGGAAGUAUGAAGCAGAGUGCUAAAAAAGAUUUAUAAAAAGCACUUCACUAAACUUGUCAGCUAGAGACCCAACAAAUAACACUCAAUAUGUAAAUACACAUAUAUUUUUGUAAUGCUCACACGGAGAAUGACUUUAAAAUAGAGAAGUAUGACCCUAUAUUUUUGAAGAUGCUUUUAAAUUUGAGCAUUACUCUACCUGCUUCUCAUUUCAACUGGAACAAAAACUGAAGUGUCUUUCUGAAUGUAUUUUGUAUGGAAUGAAUGUAAGGAAUUUCUACCAAAUGAAGAAAAUCACCAAGUAGAGUUGCUAGCAAUGCAAAGCAAAUUAAAUAAUUAUUUGAAAACUUUUUUGUUUUGUUAAAAUUGUAAGCUGAGAGAACUGUGUGAACAUGAGGAAAAAUGUUGCGCUUAUUUGGAUGAUGUGUAAGAUGUCCUGAUCAAUAAACUGUAAAGCCCCAAACUCUCAGAAAA